ACACUACUAUCAGUGGUGUUACAGACGCACAGAAGGCAACAUAGUCAGCAAGCCAACUCUUUACCUCAUAUUUUAAACGUCAUUCACCUUCUGCAUUUGUGCGAAAUGUAACUUUCCAGAUGCCCCGUGGAGAGUGGAUUUUAAACUUCAUUUUCAUCCCAUAUAACAUCUCUAAAAGACUGUGAACUAGAUGUAAGUCAUCAUGGAACCAGGGGAGAGCAAAAUCUCGGUGUGGGUAUGCCGGGAGGAGAAGCUGGUAUCCGGGCUGUCCAGGCGCACCACCUGCGCGGACGUGGUGAAGGUGCUGCUGGAGGACCAGAUCUUGCAACAAGGGGCGAGCGCGGCGAUGCUCACUGGCACCCCGCAGUCGUAUUGUAUCGUGGAAAAGUGGAGAGGGUUUGAACGGACAUUGCCUAAUAAAACUAAAAUCAUGCGCCUUUGGUGCGCCUGGGGGGACGAGCAGGAGAACGUGAGGUUCGUCCUGGUGAAGAACGAGGCGUCCCUGCCCAACAACGGACCUCGGAGCGCCGAAGCGCGGGUUGUGCUCAGCAAAGAGAGUCCCUGCGCCUACAAGGGCACCACCAAAGCCACUAUGGCGCUUUCCCAAGACAAACAGCGCCGGGUCGUGAGAAAGGCUUUUAGGAAGUUGGACAAAAUUAAUAAGAAGAAAGAAGAGACUUUAGUAAGAGACAGAUCAUCUGAGGAGAAAAUGGAGACCUUAGUGCAUCUUAUUGUUUCACAGGAUCACACUAUUCGCCAGCAGAUACAACGGAUAAAAGAGUUGGAUGGUGACAUCGAGAGGUAUGAAUCAAAGGUGCACUUUGACAGAAUGAAAAGACACGGUGUAAACUACGUGCAGGACACGUAUUUGUUGGACCAGGGAUCGGAUACUGAUUCCAGCGCGCAAACGGAGGCGUCGGAGGCUAUCGCCCAAUUUGAGCAGUACGCGUCACGGUGCGACAAGGUUAUUCAACUUCAAGAUGAACUAGUGGAGCGAGAAGCUCUUAUGGAUAUACUUACGGGCGAAAUUCAAGAGGAACUCAACCUCAGGUGGAUGAGACGGCGGCAGGAGGAACUCUCCAACAAAGACACCAAGAGUAUUGCUGAAGAAAUGGCCCUCAAGGGGACUUCAGUCCCUGAGGAGCCAGUCUCAGUUGUGCCUGACUCCCUAUCAGACAAUGAACUCCAAUUAGAAGAGGAGAGAAUCAAAACAGAACUGGAUACGAGUUUAUACAUAGGGCUGCGCUUGAACACUGAUCUGGAGACUGUGAGGAGCGACCUGGACAUGAGUCAGGAGAUGUUGGACUCGAAGGAGCUGGAGUUGAGGGAAUUACUUGAAAAGGUUCACAGAUUAGUCGAAUUAGAGGGGGAACGGUCGAAGGACAGCAAAGAUGAGCAGGUUGAAGCUGAAACUGAGCAGUUACCCUCUGAAGACAAGGGCACUGUUUGGGUAGAGCAGGCGAGAGGACUGUCAAAAACUUGCAGCACCAAUGAUGAUGACUCGGACACGGGACUGAGUUCAAUGCACAGCCAAGACUCGGAUAAUCCAACUGUUUGCGAGUCACUAGUAUGAUUCGUGUGGAUCAUUUGAUACUGUGCGAGCUCAGGGAACAUUUCAAUGUAUUCUUUCUUUAUGAGAGAUAUGUGCAUACAGAAUUUACCAGUGUAGUGUUAUGGUUGCCUCACUCUUUUAUUGCAUCAUAUACGGGUGAUUCUCACGAAACCUGUCAAGAAAAUGUUCUGGUACUAGUACUCCAAAAUCAAAAGAAACCAAAAAGAAAUUAUAUUUUUAUAAUAUAUAUAUAUAUAUAUAGAAAUGGAAUCCUAUUUUUUAUGUCCAUUACAUUUUUUACAUUGUGACAUUAUUUACACAAUAGUUAUGCUUACUUUACCCCCCAAGUCUCAUUACCGCAAUGCUAAAAAAAGUUCAUUAUAAUAAUCUCAUUACUGCAAUGUGAAAAAUAUGGUCAUUAUGAUGUUCACAUUACAACAAUGCAAAAAAUCUUAAUGGUCCUAAAUGCAGGCUUACUUUAUGCAAAUUAUACAAUUCAUGUAUUGUUUUAUUGAUUUGGGUUGAAAUAUGACCAGGACUUUUUGUGUUGACAGGUUUAUUGAAUCACUUGUGCUGUAGUAAAGCCAGCUUUGCUUAAAUCUCAGCACUCUUAAAGGCACCUCCGCUUAAAAGCGCACCUUUAUAUUUGUGAACGAAAGGAGCAGGGGCUUGUGCCCCUGUUUUGUGCACGUCAGUGGCUUGUAAGGUGCAACUUACCAAGUUGUCACUAAUUAUCCAAUGCCUAGACCAAGAGAUGUCCACUGUUUGUAGAUUCAUGUUAAAAUAUGAACACUAUUUAGACAUGUAGUUGUCUAAUUAUAUAGCCUGCUGUUAAAGAUUUAGAGAAUUAUUUAUUGUAGAAAUAUUUAGGCAAAAAAUAGCUGCAUUGUGCAGAUUUGAGGCAAUCAGUUCAAUGUCAUGUUCGCCAGCUGAGUAAUUAGAAUGAUCCACUUAUAGCUUUUGAAUGAUGCAUCGGUUGAUCCAAAAUUUUAAGCAUAAUCAAAAGAUCCUAAGCUGUGGAAACCAAAACUGUGGGAAUCAAAUUUAGGCUCAACACCUUUAAAAAAAAAAAAAAGUGUGUGCAAUGCACAGUUGUGUUUAGUCAUUCCUCUGAGGAAGUGAUGCGUGAAUCCCAGCAUUAAAUGUUUGCUUACAGUAAAGAGAAAGACUGAAGCAAUUUAUAUGAGACUGCUGCAAUUAACCUAAAUGUACUCUAGACAUAAUGGAAUUUGCCAUUAAGUCAUUGCUGCUUAUUUUUUUAUCGUGAUACCCAUUGAUUUUCUUGUCAGGAGGCACCAUUCAUCAUCAAAUGUGUUCUGUGGUUGACUUAAGUCUCUAAUCUCAUACAUAUGAAAUCUCCAUUGCAACAAAUAGGACAACAAUGGCACAAUUAUAAUGUGUAAUGCCUAAAAAAAAGUGACUGCACACUGAAAUUAUUUUAUGAAUGCUGUUCUAGAUAAUUGGUUGUUCUCUACAAAGGCACUGGUGUGAUUUCAAUCAUUAUUAAUUUAUUUAACAUUAUACACCAUGGAAAAAAGAAAAUUCUGCAAUCCUUUACCCACUUGAACACAAAAGGAGAUGUGAGAUUACCCAAAAGACAGACUGAAACUGCCGAAAACAUGUCAAAACUGUGCAUUUUGAUCCAGCAUCAUCUCAUCUGUAAGCACAGCAAAAACACAAAGUUUUUGAAGUUUCUAAUACAAUGAAAUGUCACAGAGUUCACAGAUUCUGUUGUAUAUCAAGAGGAUUUGAGUUAAGCCUUAAAUGUGAUGUUUUAAAACAGAGGAAUAAAAAGGAAAUAACCCCCCUCCUAAUCCAUUGUUAUGUUUUUUUUUUUUUUCACUUUUUCAUUUGUCGUAGCACUGGUAACAUAAGAAUUAUUGCAUUUGGAAAAGCCCAGUUAUGUUGGUGCCACACUGUGAAUACUGUAUUUGCAGAUGAAAGAAGCAAUUGUGUUAAACUGUGUUUUUAUGUUCCAUCUGUACAACCUUUAAUCAUAUAAAUAGCAUAAAUAUCAAAUUAAAGGCAAGAAGCACUGAAAUAAGUUCUGUUUAUGGUCUACUUUGUAUGCUCUAAAAUAGAGCCAAGGGAAUUGGCCAUUUACAGUAAUUUGUCAAAUUCAGAAAUGUGGGGUGUACAUGUACAGUGGGGUCAAAAGGUCGGGAAACCAUAUCGUUUUUGGAUUUCAAAUAUUUAACACAGAAAAGUUGUGAUGUAAAUAACAAGAAACAUUUCAGAUUCCAUCUUUAAUCAAAUAAGCACAUUAAUGACAUUGACCAUGUUAACUUGUUUGCACAAAAGUUUGAACAUUCUUAAAUCAUCCUGGAUAACAUUGAUCAUCAGGAUUUUCACAAACCAGCUCGAGAGCAUGCUGUCAUUAAAGCAAAAUGAGUUCAUACCAAAUGCUAAGAAAUGCUCAUUUCAUUUAUUCAGAUCAAC